AUGGAGAAGGGGAAACCGAAGAAAAGGGAGAAGGGAAGGGACUCGAGGGACUCGGAUAAAGAGAAAAACGGGAGCAAGGUCAAGGAGUCCGAGAAAGAAAAGGAAAGAAAUGGGUCGAGGGGAAGGGAGCUAGACAGGGAGAGAAACGGGUCCAGGGGGAAAGAGCUGGAGGAGAGAGAGCGCAAUGGAAAGCCAAAGGAGCCGGUGGAGAAAGAAAGGAACGGGGCCAGGGAGAAGGAGCCGGAGAAGGAGAAGAACGAAAAGGGGAGGGAACCGGAGAAGGAGAAAAGGGUAAAGGAGGGGGAGAGAGAGAAAUCUGGAAGGGCAAAGGAGCCGGAGAAGGAGAAAAAUGGGGUCAAGAGUAAGGAGUCGGAGGAGAAAAGGAAGGAAGGAGAGAAGGAGAAAGUUAAGGAGAAGGAACGGGGGAGAGACAGGGCGAAAGAGGAGAGACACCGGGAGGAAAAGAGGAAAGAUCUAGAGAAAGAAAAACACAAGGAGAAAGAAGAGAGAGAGAAGAACAGCCCCGCUUUGAUAAAUCCCCUGAUGGAGCUACCGGACAAAAAUAAGCAAAUCCUAGUAUUAGGACUGGACGGAGCAGGAAAGACCAGUCUUCUCCACUCUUUAGCAUUAAACAGAGUCCAGCACAGCAUGGCACCCACCCAAGGGUUUAAUGCCGUGUGCAUCAACACUGAAGAUAGUCAGAUGGAGUUCCUGGAGAUUGGUGGCAGUGAAGCUUUUCGUCCCUAUUGGCAAAAGUAUAUGUCCAAGGGUCUCCUGCUGGUGUUUGUGGUGGAUUCAGCUGACCACAACAGACUGCCUGAAGCAAGGGAACAACUUCAUCAACUAAUUAGAACCAAUCCCCUCCUUCCACUGGUUGUAUUUGCAAACAAACAGGAUCUUGACACAGCCUACCACAUUACAGAUAUCCACGAUGCCUUGGCGUUAUCCGAGGUAGGAAAUAACAGGAAGAUGUUCUUGUUUGGAACCCAGGUGACGGAGAAUGGCUCAGAGAUACCUCCCGCCAUGCAGGACGCCCGGGACCUGAUUGCACAACUGGCUGCAGACAUGCAGUGA